CAUGGGACUCGGCUUCACACAUCACGGGGAGGGGUGAAUGGAAUAGCAGACAGAAAGUUUUAGUACCACGGACUUAACAUGAACUAAGGAGAAACUGGGACCAUUGUACAAAUAUUUACAAAUGCCUAGUGACCCACCGUGUCAUAUUUCUGCUGGCGUGAGUGUGUUUAGGCCUACCGAGCGAUAACUCGUGUUAUGGAACAGCAAGUGAGCGAUGAAGAAGAACCUCAACCUGUAGUCCUUAGAGAAGAGAACCGGAGGAGGAGAAGAAAGAUGAAAGCCUUCACCUCCACCUUCUCCGUGGCCAUGGAUCAGAUAGCCAUCGAGUUCGUCCUCCCCACCACCACUAAGAGUAGCCGCAGCCCGGACACCUUGCUCUUGGAGGUGGCUGGGAACUGGACGGUGGAGCAGGUGAAAGCCCAGGUGUGGCUGAGGGUAGUAGCCACCAACCUGUGCCCCGAGUUCUAUCAGAAGUACUCCCCUGACCACUGCAUCCUGCUCUACCAGAAGAAGGGCAACUGGUGUGAGAUCUACGAUAAGCACCAGGUGUUUCAGACCCUGGACUGCAUCCGCUACUGGAAAGCUCUAAAGAAAGAUGUGGGGAAGAUCCACCUGACGUGCCGGCCUCAGCCCUCUGAGGAGUCCACACAGUACCAGAGGUACCUCAACUACCUGAUUGGCUACGACGUCACCGAUGUCAGCAACGUGCACGAUGACGAGCUGGAGUUUACCAGGAGGAAGCUCCUCACACCCCGCAAGAUAGAGCUGGCCGACCGGGACCCCAAACUCUACUCAAUGGACCCUUGGAUCACAUCCAAGCACCUCCCAGAGUACCUGCUCACCAAGGUGACCAACAGCCACAUCCUGCUGGUCAUUCACAGGAACAAGGCCAGCCAGACCAUCAAGGUGUCCAUCGACGAUACGCCCGUCCAGGCGCUCCAGACCUUCUUUACGAAGAUCUCCAAUAAGAGGGCCCUGCUGGGAGUUCCUGAGGAUGUGUGUGAGGCAGACUAUGUCCUGAGGGUGUGUGGCAGGGAAGAGUAUAUCUAUGGGAACCACCCGGUCAGGGACUUCCACUGGGUCCGACAGUGUCUGAAGAACGGGGAGGAGAUCCAUCUGGUCCUGGAGUCGGCUCCUAAUCCAGGUCAAGACCUGGUCCAGAAAGAGGACUGGGCACAGGUGGAUGACUGUACUGGAGUGGCAGGCACCCAUGAGCAGCUAACGAUCGACGAGAAAGACCACGAGCGGGUCUUCACGAUCUCUUUGUGGGACUGUCACAGGAAGUUCAGGUUUAAAGUCCUGGGCAUAGACAUCCCGGCCCUGCCGAGGAACCCUGAGCUGAUCGUGUAUGUGGAGGCCAGUAUCUUCCAUGGCCAGCAGCUCCUGGCUCAGGAGAGGACCUCCUCCAAGGCUUUCACUGAGGAGGUGCUGUGGAACACCUGGCUGGAGUUUAAUAUACGCAUCAGAGACCUGCCCAAGGGGGCUCGCCUCAGCCUACAGGUGUCCUGUGGGAAGGCCCAGACCCAGAUCUCUAAGGGCACCUCCUCGUACCAGGACAACGGAGGAUCCCCAGUUGGAGGUGGCAGCGGAAACCAUGAUUGUAAUAAGACUAAGAGUCGUCUGCUGUACUACGUCAACCUGCUGCUGGUGGACCACCGCUCGCUGCUGCGCCAGGGAGAGUUCAUCCUCCACAUGUGGAAGAUGCCUGAGAAGACCGAGGACAACAGCAGCGUCAAUGCAGACAAGCUGACCUCAGCCACCAACCCAGACAAGGCCUCCUCCAUGGCCGUAGCCAUCCUGCUGGACAAGUACUGCUACCCAGUGGCCCUGCCCAAGAGCAGGGAGGGCAAGGAGGCUGGGGGGGAGGGUCGGGAGGCCGAGGGAGGGGAGAGGGGGCAAAGGGAGAUGCCUAACCACCUGAGGAAGCAGUUUGAGGCAAUUGUUGAGACCGAUCCACUGCACCCUCUCAGCCAAGAAGACAAAGAGCUGCUGUGGCACUUCAGAGAGGAGUGUAUGCGUCACCCCAGGGCAUACCCCAAGCUGCUGGGCUCUGUGCGGUGGGGUAGACAGGAGGCUGUCCUGGCCACCCAUAGGCUGUUGGAGAGGAGCUCUGUGUGGGACCGUAGUGUGCUGGAUGUGGGCCUGGCCAUGCAGCUGUUAGACUGCCACUACUCUGACGCUCACGUCCGCUCCAUGGCCGUACGCAAGCUAGAGACCCUGGGGGACGACGACGUCCUGAGGUACCUGCUGCAGCUGGUCCAGGCUGUGAAGUUUGAGCCGUACCAUGACAGUGCCCUGGCCAGGUUCCUAUUGAAGAGAGCUCUCAGGAGUAAGAGGAUAGGUCAUUUCCUUUUCUGGUUCCUGAGGAGUGAGAUCGCCCAGUCCAUGCACUACCAGCAGAGGUACGCUGUGCUGCUGGAAGCCUACCUCCGAGGCUGUGGAGAGGACAUGCUGCAGGAUUUCAGACGCCAGGUGGAGAUGACAGAAGCCCUGCAGAAAGUCACCAGGGAGAUCAAGGCCAUGUCUGCUGAGAAAUAUGAUGUUUCUGCACAAGUUGUGUUCCAGCUGCGUCAGAAGCUGGAGAACCUGCAGACAUCUGGGCUGCCAGAGAGCUUCAGAGUGCCCUAUGACCCGGGUCUACGGGCUGGUGCUCUGGUGAUAGAGCAGUGUAAGGUGAUGGCCUCUAAGAAGAGACCGCUGUGGCUGCAAUUUAAGAGGGCUGACCCCACCACGCUGUCCAGUGACACCAUCGGGGUCAUCUUUAAGGACGGGGAUGACCUCAGGCAGGACAUGCUCAUUCUACAGAUUCUGCUGAUCAUGGAGUCCAUAUGGGAGGAAGAGUCUUUGGACUUGUCCUUAUUGCCCUACGGUUGUAUCUCUACUGGGAAUAAAAUAGGGAUGAUUGAGAUAGUGAAAGAUGCCACCACUAUUGCCAACAUCCAGCAGAGCGUUGUGGGAAGCACAGGAGCGUUCAAGGACGAGAUCCUCAACCAAUGGCUGCGGGACAAGUGUGUGAGCGAGGAAAAGUUCCAGCAGGCGGUGGAGAGGUUUGUGUUCUCCUGUGGAGGGUACUGUGUGGCCACCUACGUGCUGGGGGUAGGAGACAGACACAACGACAACAUCAUGAUCACUGAAUCUGGUAACCUGUUCCACAUAGACUUUGGCCACAUACUGGGGAACUAUAAGAGUUUCCUGGGUAUCAGUAAGGAGAGGGUUCCCUUCGUCCUCACCCCUGACUUCCUCUAUGUCAUGGGCACAUCAGGGAAGAAGAGCAGCCCACAUUUCCAGAAGUUCCAGGAUGUGUGUGUGCGGGCCUACCUGGCUCUGAGGCAUCACACCAACCUCCUCGUCAUCCUGUUCUCCAUGAUGCUGAUGACGGGCAUGCCUCAGCUCACCAGCAAAGAAGACAUCGAGUACAUCCGCGAAGCGCUGACUGUGGGCCGGACGGAGGAGGAGGCACAACGCCACCUGCUGGACCAAAUAGAGAUCUGCAGGGACAAGGGCUGGACCGUGCAGUUCAACUGGUUCCUACACCUUGUGCUGGGCAUCAAGCAGGGGGUGGAUAAACGCUCAGCCUAGGGUGCUCCCCUUAUGGUGUCAAUGGCUUAGUGGGCUGGCAACACCAAAGGGAUGGGUUCAAAUCCCACAUGGGCCACAUAUGUGAUAAUUGUAAGCUACUUUAGGUAAGAUUACUAUGUUGAUUGGACUCCCAAAUAAGGAGAGGGAAAUAUAGUCAGAGACCAAAGUCUGGAUCUAAAAGUUUGUCAACCCUUCCUCAAUGAUGUAACCAGUUGUUCCAAUGCAUUGCCCAUUGACUGCACCAUGGACUGUAUACAGUAACAGUCUUAUUUUUGCACUUUCAAGAUCAAAGCCUGAUCUUACCAUAUGUUUAUGAGUUAUACAUAAAUAUUGACUCCUGUUCCUCUGCUAAUGCACUGCAUCUGAUUGUAUCAUCUGUUAAUAUAACAUCCGACUUGCAUGACUGAUGGUGGCAAUACCAUAAUAAACCUAAUCAUAGAGAAAUAUA